AAGAGAGGCGUAAUAAACCAAACAAACUGGCUUUGAAUACCAAAGAGAUGGCUUUUACACGCCAUCAAAUUGAGAAGAGACGUCUAAUUGAGUUGGUAAAAGUUAAUCCAAUUUUGUGGGAUUGCCGUUUGCCUCACUACAAAAGAUCGGAUAAGAAAAAGGCCUUGAAAUGGAAUGAAUUGGGUAGAAUAUUCAAUGUAAACGGCGAACGGGUACAGAGGACGUUUACCUCGCUGAGGGAAAUAUUUCGCCGAGAACUGAAUCAUGAGAAAAUGUUGGGUAGCCGUUUCAAAUCGAAAUGGGAAUAUUAUGAUGAGAUGGCAUUUCUCAAGGAGGUCAUAAGGGAAAGGAAAUCACGUGAACGUGCCAAAUCCAAUGAUGGCCUAACACCCAGCAAUAACAACAAUAAUUCCACCACCGGUAUUGAUGAGUAUCAAUACUUUGCUCCCAAUGAUCCAAAUAAUCCACAAAAUCAAGCCAUACCCCUGUUGGCAACCAUACCCACAACCUGUGCCCUGGUAUUACCGCAAUCAGCCGCCAAUACUUUGGCUACACAAAAUGGCUCACUAACACCCCAUAUGCCAAAUAAUCCACCAAAUACUCCGGUCUCCACCAUAUCAGGCAGUCAGGUACCCACCGAUGUUAUAUUGAAUUUAAAUCCCAACACCCUGGCAGCUUUGCAAAAACUAAAUGCCAAUGGUAAUUCGACAAAUUUACAACCACCCCCACGACCCAUUUCGCGGGCCCGGUCAUUAACUACACGUUCAUGUUCCUCUUCGCCAUCGAUAUACAUAAAAGAUGAACCUGACUCUCUAGAUGAUACCAUAUCACUGGCCACUACUUCGAAUGGCAAAAUUAAAGAUUACCACUCCAGCCGAUCGCUGCACAAAACAAAAAAUUCAUCAUCAAAACUUGUUGCCUCUGGGAAAAAUCUUAACAACUCAACACAGAAUCUAGUCAUUGAUGAGCGGGAUUGCAGUGAUAUCGAUGAUGAUCCCGAUGUUGAUAUGUUGGAUGAUGAUCGUUUGUCGAUAUCCACAUCGUUGGUCUCGUUGCCAAAGGAAACGGCUACUGGUGGUAGUGGUAAAAAUUCUCAAAAAACCAAUCAACUGUUGUUGAAACCCACAGCCCAUGAAAUACUCUACACCAAGUUUGGAGAAUUCCUGGCUGCCCGACUGAACACCUUGGACGAGACCGUGGCCAAUGAACUGAUGAAUAAAAUACUCAUGCUAAUUGCUGAGAAAUAG